AUGAAGUUCUCAACUCCCGCCCUUCUCUCCAUUCUUGCGUUUGCUGUUGCAGACCAGGCGCCCCAAAACACCGACAACACUCCUGGAACUAUUGCAAUUGCAGACUUUCCAAAAGGAACCAUUGUAUUUUAUGUCAAGCGUGGUAAUAAGGUAAAAGUGCACGUUGAUAUUACAGGCUUGCCAGAAUCUGGUGGUCCCUUCCAAUAUCAUAUCCACGACCUGCCUGUUCCUCCUAGCGGCGAUUGUAAUGCUGUUGGGCAACAUUUCAAUCCUUUUAGUGCUCCACCUGCCUGUGAGGAUCAACGUGACGACAGUUACUGUCAAGUUGGUGAUUUGUCUGGAAAGCAUGGCUGGAUCGAUACUACUUGCUUUGAAACUAAAUACUACGAUCCAUACCUUUCAUUGAACCCAGCAUCUCCUUCGUAUAUCGUUGGUAAGUCAGUUGUUUUCCAUUUCGCCAAUCUUACAAAGUUUGCCUGCGCAAACAUUGAAUUAGCAAGUUCUGCAAGAACUGCUACGCUCUUAGAAUCGUAUAAAGAAAAGGGAAACUUGGAAGUGUUCGGUUUGGAAAAUGACGAAUAUGACUUAAAUGAGGUGGAAUUUGGUGCACAGGAUGAUUUUUCUGCUAAGGAAGCUGCUGUCUCAAUAGAGGAGCAUUCGAUAUUAGCUGCUGUUGCCCCGGUUGUAGUUGGAAAUUCAGAAUUACUCAAAGUCACCGACGGAGAUUUCAAUUCCACUUUGAAUGGAACAUACAAUGGAAUAGACUUUGGAACUGAAGGUAAUUUCACCAACUCUAGCUUUGCUUCUGUGGUUACUACUGAUUGCGAAAACAAAGCUGGGCUCAAUGGUGGUUCUAUUUUCACCGCAGCAUUGGCGCUAGUUGCAGGCUUAUUCAUUUAA